CCUUCUUCUUCCUCCACCAAAAGCAAUCGAUACUAAUCAUUUCUGUUACUUGCGCUCUCCCACUGCUAAUUCUCAAAGCUCUCUCUGUCUCAUUUCAUUUGCUUUUCUUAAUCUCUUAAUUUCUGCAUUGUUCUUUUUGCUCUUUCAAGGUUUCAAAUCUAAGAAUUUCUUUUUAUAACAAUGGCUGAGAUGAAAGAUGCCCACGUUGUGGAAAUCCCAGUAGAUGAAGAGCACCAACAGAAACUCUCAUCUGCCAUGACCAUCAUUUCAGCUAUCCAACACCACCCAUUAAUGGAAAUCUCCGAGAGCCCCGGCCAUCUCUUGCUUCUCAAGCUCUGGCGAAGAGAAGAAGACCUUUUUGGCCGGCGCAUUGCCCGAAAAGAGUCCCGAAUGGACUCAAUCCGGCGCGAAAUCUUUCAACUCUGCUGCUUCUUCUUAAUCUUUCAUGGGUUCUUCAUGACCAUCUUGUUCACAUCUUCGGUUAAUUCCGAAGAGCACAUCUGUAAAAAAUGGUGGAUACCUAGCAUUUUGUCGGUUUCGACCUCCUUUGUGUUUGUGUUUUUGGUGCAGGUGAAUCUUUGCAGGUACUGGAAGGUAUGGAGCCAGUUGCAGAGGGAGAAGACUGACAACAGGGCACUCACUAGGUGCAUUCAAGAGCUGAGGAUGAAAGGGGCUAGCUUUGAUUUGUCAAAGGAGCCACAGAGCGGGAAGAGGAUGAAGAGCUCAAGUGUUGAGAUCAAAUGGAAGCCAGUGACUUGGUGCUCUCAGUAUCUCAUUACCAUCUGCCUUGUUUGCUUUGCAGGUUUGGUGUUUCCGGUAUCAAAAUUCAUGCUAUGCAGCUUCUGAGCUUCGAGGAGGAGUUUCCGUGUUCUUGUGGCUGCGUUGUGAAGCUAUUGCAAUUGAGAACGGAAUUGUAGAGGUAGCUGGAGCUGGAAACAAGUCUUACAUUGCAAAGUAAAGACACAAAAUGCAAAUUGAAAAGAUAAGAGGAAAGAAAGACGGCAGAAAGCAAUCCCUCCAACCACCCAACAUGUGACCUUGAACACAACACUGACUUUGGCCAGACUCUUCCAUCCAUCAAUCUCCUGGCGGGCUUGCUCCUUCAUGCCUACCGGUCGUGGGUUGAUCUGAUCGAACCCCGGACACGCCAGAGCCCAGCACUGUUUAUACGAGUCUCCAACAAGCACUUGGGAAGUCUGCUAGUAUCAGAUAUCUGUCAUGGUAUCUAACUCUUUUGCUGCUGUAAGAUCACCCUUUUCUUCAAUGUCCAGAAGGGGAAUGGGGGAUGAAGCAUCUUUGGUCCGAUUACUAGCCAGACUCACUCGAACAAC